AUGAAAGGAGUGACAGUAGAGGAGACCGAUGCCACUCAAAGAGCUUCGCUGAACGAAGCAAGCGGACCUGAGCAUCACCUGGAUAGACAGAAUGCUCUAUCAUUUUUUCGCGUCUUUGUUGCGAUGGCAUUGCUUUUCCUCAACUACUUUCUGGCACAAUACGAUAAAUUCGUUCUAUCUUAUUUCCAGGCUGAAGUCAUAGAGUCUCUUUCCCUAACCUCGACACAAUACAGCGUGUUGUCGGGCUAUGCUACUGGCAUCCUUUAUGCACUUCUCGCACUUCCUGUAGCCUUCAUCGCAGACUACACAAACCGUCGAGUAUGGGUUCUUACUCUUGCAGCAUUUUGGUGGAGUCUCUGCGUGCUCUUCCAAGGGUUAAGUCACAAUUUCUGGCAGAUAUUACUUGCGAGAAUCGGCAUGGGCAUUGGUCAGGCACCCGUGGAAGCACUCAGCAUCAGUCUAAUUAGUGAUCUGGUGUCGAUGGAGUGGCUAUUCCUCUGUGAAAGCAUCUUCUAUGUCGGUGUCUACGUUGGCGAAGCCGUUAGCGGACAAAUUGCUACAGCGUUUGAUAGGACUCAUACGCCUUGGAACAACGCACUGAAGGCAAUUGGUAUCGUCGGCAUGGUAGUCGCGGUUGUUACCCGCCUUCUCUUGCGUGAGCCACGACGAAGGCGGCUCUUGGCGAGGCCAUUGUAUACCGAGAGUUCAUCGGGGACAAAUGUUGACAGCGAUGCUACACUCGGAAGCAAACUCCGCCAAGCUAGGACUCAAUUGUCGGCAUCUGUCAAGCAUGUUGUAAUGAUGAAAUCAUUUUGGAUUCUGACUCUGGCUGCCGGAGCUCGACAAUUCUCGGGGAAUGUAUUUGGUUGGUACAUGCCGUCCUAUUUGUCUUCCAUAUACGCAUCACAAGAUCAGCUUCUCUCGCGAUAUGGAAUUAUUGUCGGUGUCGUCGGCUCAGUCACUGUCGUUCUUGGAGGUGUAAUCUGCGGUUAUUUGAAGCGGCAGCCGACUGUUAUACUCUAUCUGACCGCCAUCGGCGGCAUCAUCUCAAGCGCGUUUGUCAUUUGCAUGGUUUUCAGCCUGAAACUGGCGAAUGGCCACGAGGAAGCGGGAGUUCGCAUCUUGUAUGGGGUGAUGAGCGCAGCUUAUCUCACCGCUGAACUUUGGCUGGGCGGGUUUGCUUCGCUCUUGGCUUUACUAUUGCCAACAAGAACCAAAACCUUCUGCCUAGCGAUCUAUACCAGUGUCAUCAUCUUGAUCUAUUCGAGUGCUCCACAGAUGAUCGGUCUAGGAUUGAGGAAUUACAAACCAGGAAGUACGGCCUAUUUGGAGAAGACGCGAGACAUACUUGCCAUUCUUAUUCCUGUCGGGUAUUGGGUCGCGGGAAUCUGUUUUUUGUCGGCCAUCCCUAAGGUGAAAGAGGACCUCGCUAUGGGUCGAGCUGCGCAGGAAUUUCAGCAGGACGAGGCCGUCAGCUUGCGAAGGAAAAAUGCUUAUUUGGCGUUUGUAACUCUCUUGGCGUCUUUAACGAUUGCAUUAUUCAUUACGAGUCUUACGGUCACUUAG